GAUCCACCACCGGGAAUAAGUUGUUACCCAAAAGAAGACAACCUGACCGAUAUGGAAGCUUAUAUCAAAGGACCACCCGAUUCACCGUACGAAAACGGACGGUUCAAACUCGACGUCCAAAUACCGCAAAACUAUCCCUUUGAUCCACCCCAAAUUCGCUUUGUCACCAAGAUCUACCAUCCCAACAUUGACGAUGCCGGGCGAAUUUGCGCCGAUAUUUUAAAAAAGGGCGUCAAAGGAGGAUGGAAGCCUGCUUUGAAUCUAUCCACCACAUUGAUGUUGUUGGGUCAGCUUUUGGCUCAUCCGAAUCCUGACGAUCCGUUGGACGCUGAUAUAGCCAGAGAAUAUCAAUUCGAUUACCCGACCUUUACGCAGAAGGCGAUCGAGUACACGGAAAAGUAUGCCAACGAAAGAAUGACAACCGACGCAGAAGCAGCAGCAACAGAAGCAGUCGUCGUCGAUGAAAAGGUGGAGGUAAGAAGACAUGGGAAAGAGAAGGCCACAUAA